AUGGACGGAAUGGACUGUGACCCCAGUGUGGCCGACCUGCCACUGAGUGACCCGGUAUGUGUCAAGGCAAUGGAGUGCUGUACAGCGUUCUAUGCCGGCGAGAACGCAUCUCAAACAGCUACCCCGUUCGCUGGGCAGAGUGAAUACGGCCGGUGGACCACGUACUACUGGGUCGUCCUGUUGGCUCUGGUAGCUGUCUACCACGCCAUUAUCACCAUUCUGGAUCGACGUACCCGCCGCCGCGGUCGCUCCAGUGACGCGGGUUUGUUUGAGAAAGCUCAGGCUCUGGGCCGCACGGUAACCUACAGAGCAACACGAGGGACACCACUUGCCUUGGUUUCCUGGCCGCGCACUGGUUCCAUUGCAGCCGUGCUUCUUCUGUCCAUCGUCGUUAUUACAGCGUUUGUUUUCGCUGAACGUCCGUAUUAUCGUCCUCAAUUUGGGUUCGGCUCACCCCCGAUUGCCAUCCGCUCUGGCUUUAUAGCGUUCGCUUGCGUCCCCAUCUUGGUUGCGCUUGCUGGCAAGGCCAACGCAAUCACUUUUCUCACCGGUAUUGGACACGAGAAACUAGUUGUGGCCCAUCAGUGGGUCGCGUGGAUAUCCUUUGUGUUGAGCUUGAUCCACACCAUCCCCUUUUUCAUUGCGAGCUUUUACGAGCCUGGAGAUGGAGGUUACGAGAGAGUGAAGUCGGAGUUCUACCGUAAAGGCAGUGCUGCCUCCUUGACAGAAUAUUCGGGAGUUCCACCGUUAGCGAUCUUGUUCGGCUUGUGUAUACUGUCCCUCCCGCCAAUACGGCAUCGAUUUUAUGAAAGCUUCUAUGCUGUCCAUAUACUACUUGCGAUUACCUAUGUUGGCCUUCUCUUUUGGCACGCUGGCGAUGAGCUCGAUUCUUGGGCAUACCUAUGGGCGACUGUAGCAAUUUGGCUUGCUUCAUGGUUUGCGCGGCUAUUUUGGUUCAACCAAUCCCUGCACGUACGUGGCGAAUGGUUCAAAACUCUCCCAGCCACGCUCACAGUACUUCCCGGAGAUCUUGUCCGUAUCGAAGUUGAACGUCCUCGGGACAUGCACUUUCAGCCGGCACAGCACUGUUUUCUUCGUAUUCCUACUAUCUCUUGGAGUGAUAAUCAUCCCUUUACAAUAGCAUCAGCCGCCUGUUCCGACGCGCCCAGAAGAGGCAGUGACAGGAUGCUGUUCUUGGUCAAAGCACGCGAUGGAUUUACACGAAAGCUUCGAGACCAUGGUGCAGUAGACAAAUCCGUCGAUGUGUCAGUCUGUCUGGAGGGUCCGUACGGGGGGCUGGCCCGACCUCUUCUUGCGAAGCGCUACGACAAGGUCUUGCUAAUAGCAGGGGGCAGCGGAAUUUCGGCCUGCCUUUCAUGGCUGUCCCAACUGGCAUCGUCCGCUGAAGCUAGCCGGCUCCAGCAGGUGACACUUCUUUGGGCCAUCCGCGACGAACAUAGCAUUGCAUGGGUUUCUAAUGAGCUUCGUGAAGCAAAAUUCAACGGCAGGGUAGAGGUGGAUAUCCUUAUCCAUAUAACCGGGCUUGCAGCGUCACCACAAGUUGAACACGAUGAAAAGGCGCAGAUUGAUGGUCCGUUCGAUCAGUCCUCCAUGAUUUUCACAACCAGCACAGGGAGGCCAGAUCUAUCAACAGCUGUGUUGGAGUCAACUGGGAGGCAACAGAGCACCUGCGUAUUCGUCUGUGGACCAGAAGGCAUGAAUGUAGACGCAUCCAACGCAUGCUCGUCUGCACAGAAGCUAGUCCUUGGGGGGAAAGCACGAAGUAUUUCCUUGCACGUUGAGACUUUUGGUUGGUAA